CCGCUUGCCGCCCCGAUGCGCUGCGCCCGGAGCCGGGGCCAAAUCGCCGCAGCAGCUGUUGGCGCGUCGGGCCGGGUGACGCCGCCCGCGCCCCCCGCUGCGCCCACCGGCCGCAUGGAGCCCCCGGAGGGCCCGGGAGGGACCGUUAAGGAGGUCGAGGUGCCACAGGCUGCCCUGGGUGUCCCAGCCCAUGGGACAGGGGACAGCGGCCACUUGCCUGCGGCUGAGGAGGAGGCAGGCAUCCCGAUCCCCACACCAGGUCUCCUGCAGGUCACAGAGAGGAGGCAGCCCCUGAGCAGCGUCUCCUCUCUGGAGGUCCACUUCGACCUCCUGGACCUCACUGAGCUCACUGACAUGUCUGACCAGGAGCUGGCCGAGGUCUUUGCUGACUCUGAUGAUGAGAACCUGAGCAGUGACUCCCCAGCAGGUCUGCACCCGCUGCCACGGGCUGGCUGCCUGCGCUCCCCCUCCUGGACAAGGACAAGGGCUGAGCAGAGCCGUGAGAAGCAGCCCGUUGGAGAGCCUGAAAGGCAGGCUGCGACUGUGGACAUGUUUCUCACCGUGGAGGGGCCCCAGGAGGACUAGGCAGUCUCAGUCUGCCAGGCUACCCGCCUUCAUGGAGGCAAAUGCAGACAGUCCUGGCCUGGCAACAUGGUCCACCCUCCCCACAAGACUCCAGCCGUCACCUAAUGGCACCAGGGAAGGGCUGCCAGCCACAGGCCUCUGGGUACGCAGCACAAGCACAGCCCAGCGGCCUUACCUCCAGCUGCAGCCCAUGCCUGGACAGGGACGACAUGGCCAUGUUACUGCUCAGGAUGAAGCAAGCACAGCCUGGGCCUUCCGGAACCUUCUGUCCACAGGACCAGUGCUCACAUGGCCCCUAUCGCAGGUCCAUGCCACCAGGAUCAGAGGCCAGAGCGGGCCUGGUGCAGCCCGCCCGGUGCUCCACCACGCUUCCACGCAUGGGGCCAGGGCACAGACUCCACCUCGCUUUCCAUCUCCCCGACCCCUCUGCCCAGGGAGGCACUGCUGGUACCAGAGCCCCCUCCCCAGCCACUCCAAGACCUGUGCCUCCCCUUUGGGUCCCUACAAGACAGCCACGGAGGGCCUGGUGCACCUCCUCCCCACCCUGGAACACCAAAUAUGGCAACUGCCUCAGAGACUGGACUGCUGGGACAGGGCUCACCUCUCCCGCCACACCUGUCCCCACGUCCUAAGCCUGUCAGCUGAACAAAGGAAGUGGUCUGGCUCUGCAUGUCUGAGAGGGCCCAGGCCACCGCUCUCCAGUAGGACGGAGAUGCACAAGGGUGUCUGGACCAACCAUGAAUCCAAGGCUGGUUCUGCACUGCAA